GCCUCUUGCAGGAAGAAACAUUGGCCGGCGUCACACAGUUUGCUUGAGCAGCAGCGAGGAGAUCAGAAUUCAGGUCUCAGCGGGGCGCUAGCUGGCGCAUUGUUAGAUAGAUUAUGUUUCUUCGUCAUUGGAUUGUAUGGGCCUCAGAUUGCGAGGCAGCAUCUUCGGCCGCUGCUGAGUGCAAGGAGCGCUGAUAAGCAGUGGGGCGGCGCAAGCAUGGCGACUCUGGAUGAUCUGCUCGGAGAUGACGAAGACGAGGCCUUCGAGAACAGCGAGGCCGCCAGAGCGAUUAUGAGUCGGUUCACUGAUGGUGCCCCCCCCCAGCAGAAUGGCAUGAUGGCCUCCGGCGUGCCCGCAAGCCAACAAGGCGUCGUCCAGGGGUAUGGCGUACCCCAUCCGGGAUACUUCGUGCCCCCCCCCCACAUGCAGGGCAUGCACGGCGCCCCGCCCCAAGCGCAAAUGGUGCAGAUGGGGCACCCCCGGGCCCACAUGUUCCCCCUCCAAAAUGUGCCGGUGCAAGGGAUGCCGGCGCGGCAGCUCGCGCCAAAUCAGUAUGCUGGGGGGGUAGGCCAGCAGCAUCCUGGAGGGGGGGGGCAGCCAGGGCAGGCAAAUCGUCACCAGGGGGGUGAGCAGCGGGGCGCCUCGGGUCAGCAGCGAGGGGGGGGAAGUCAGCAGCGGGGACAAGGGCAGCAGUCGGGGGGGGGCGCGCAGCAGCAGGGGGGCCGGGAGGGGCAGAGGUUGCAGAUUCCGCCGCAAGUCCUGGCCCAGUUGCGAACCAUGCGACGCGAGGAUCUGCAGGCCAAGUACGUGGGCGCACGCAAAAUCUUGAAAGAACUUGCUGAGAAGCAGAAGAACAACGGUCCGCUGAGUGAGCCCGAGAAGAAGCAGUUUCAGCAAGCGAACUACCUGUACCAGGCGUGCACGGCGCUCGUGCAAGAGUUGCAGGCUGAGAAGGGACCUUCUCUGACAGAGUUCCUGGGGAAGCGACUGCCGGCGGCUGGCUUUGAGCAUUUCAAGAGACUGUCUCAAGCCGUGAAGGUGGGAUCUAUAGACAGGGUGCGCUUUUAUGCCGAGCUGGAAAAGCUGUGCGGGCCCGACCUUUAUAAGGAGCUGGGGCCCUUCUUCAAGAGCAAAAGUACAUCCGGUCAGCCACAGCCGAGCGCUCAACCCUCGCAACUCGCGCGGCAAGGGCCCCUUCCCCCAGCAGUGAACCAAGCCACCCCUUCGAUCCCCCACCCGUCACGCCAGCAAGCAAACCCCCCCCAGCAAACGAUGCCCGCCCCCCAACAAUUUAUCCCCCCACAGCAAGCAAAUCCCAACCCCGAUGCUGUAAACCCUAGCCCAGCGGAGUCUGCCGGUUCCGUUGGUCCAGUAGAAUCCGCGUCGGAAGCGAAGCUGUCGAGAAUUAACACCUCAGUCCUCCGGAACGCGUAUGUAACUGCCUCCACGAAGCACCCCCCCAAAGCGAGCCCCCCGCUACCCCCCGUAACUAGAGAAGCGAGUCCAGUUGUCGCCUCACAACCUGAUGCGGUGUCGGACGGGGAGAGUCCGGAACCGGGGGGCAGCGCGGAGCCGAAGGCGGCAGAGGAGGAGACCCCCGAAGAGAGGAAGAAGCGGCAGAAGCGGGAGGCGAACCGGAAGACCACAGAGAAGCGCAGAAAGGCGCGGGAAGAGAAGUUGCGGUUGGAGCGGGAGAACGGAGGGGGGGCCCAAGCGGCGGAGGCUCAACAAAAGGGGGAGUCGCCUCCAGCGGCUGAGAAGAAGGACGAGGAGAGGGGGGAAACGGCGUCGCCGGAUAGCGACUCGGAGGAUCGGCCGAUUGGCGCGGGGCUGGGGGGGUCAACUGCGAAUCUGCCAGCGUUGGCAAAGGGGGGGACGCCACCGAUUGCGGUGAGGGCUGGAUCGGUCCCCCCGGCGAAGAAAGCGCCGGCCAAGAGCAAAGCGAAGAAAACGGCGGCCCCUGCAGAGGGUCCGAAGAAGGCGCCAAAACCGAAAGGAAAAAGGCCUCCUUCCGCGCAACCCCCCGCCUCAGCUCCCGCCCCUAGCCCCGAACUCCUCGCCAUCAAAUCCGAAAUCCUCGAGCACUCUGCUUCCGGCAACCUCGUUGCGCCGGCCAAUAGCGGCGUGCCAGCUCAGCAACUCCCGGGCACCGCCCCUCAGUCCCAGGCACCCACCUUCACCCCUCCAAAUCAGACCGCCAGUGCGACCCCUCCUCAGUCCUCCGCAAACGGACCCGUGCCGUCCAAUCCCGGGGCGCAAGCUCAGCCUCCCGCCACCAGCGCGCCGCCACCUCAGCCGACCAUCGUUCCCCCUCCAACGAAGCCGUCUCAGCUCACCGGCGGAAAGACGAUUGCGAUCGGAGGCGAGUCGGGUGCGCAGAAGGGCAAGGGACGGGGGCAGGGGAAGAAAGCGCAGGCGGCGGCCGCGGGCGGUGUGAAAAGGCCCGGGGAGGGAAAUGCCAUCGGUCAGGGAAAGGCGAAAAAGCAGAAGACAGACUCGGCCCCCGCGCAAACCCCCCCAGUUCAAACGCUGCAGUACAACCAGUGGAUUGCGGCAAAUCCGCAGUCGCCUCUUCCGGCAGGGGUGGUCGUUUCUGCUCCCCCCCUGGGGGGCGUAUUGACAGCGCCCCCCCUGAGCCCUGCCUUGGGCGGUGUGAAAAGGCCCUCCGCCGCGGCCGGGGCCCAGCAACCGGCACAGAAGAAGCAGCAGCGGGACGAUGACGUCACGAGGCUGCAGGACGUGACGGCGGUGGCGGGGCUGGACUUGGAGCAGGAGGCGCAGCAGAGCAUGGCGCUCGCGGGUCCGAUCGGCGAUAGCUCAGCAAACGAGGAGGCACGACUUCGGAUCGCAGAGGAGGAGGAUAGGUUAUUUGUCAACGAGGCCGUAUUGCGCGCGCGCGCGUCGGGCCUGGCGGCCAAGCGGGGGAUCCCGCGGGUUGGCGAAGACGUGUACAAAUGUCUGUCGAUGGCGGUGGAGGACCGGCUCCGGGGGAUGCUGCAUCGGCUGGUGAAGCUGUCCAAGCAGCGAACGGACGUCCGCAAGGGCCGCUUCUUCACAUACACGCACUACAACACGCGGGAAGAGGUGCUCAAGAUUCGGACGCGCGAAGAGGCCGUUUUCGGCGCACGGGAGGCGCGGGAACAGGAGAAGCUGCGUCAGAUGCUCGCCAAGAAGAACAAGGGGCCCCUUACAGACCCCGAACUAGAGAAGCGACGCCAAGACGCGCUCAAGCUGAAGGAGAAGGACGAGGAGAAGCGGCGGGCCGAGGCGGCCAUGAGCACCGCGAUGGCGGCGCUCGGGAAGAGCAGCUUGGCGCGGUUCACUGCCAACUACGGAAAAGGGGUCGCCAAAGGUCCGGCCGGCCCCUCCGCCAAACCCCCCACCGCGGCCAACCCCCCCACCGCUACCCCCCCAAGCGCUGCCGCUCCGACACCCAUUCCUUCCGCGCCCGCCACUCCAAGGUUCCUGGGGUCAAAUUCACGGACACCCGCCUCAAACCCAGGGUUAGAAGCUUCAUCGUCAGGGUUACCAGCCCCAGCUUCAGCCUCAGGCACCCCUGGCUCAAACCCAGGGUUACCCGCUCCGGCGUCUGGGUUACCAGCUUCAACCCCAGGGUUACCGUCUGCGGUAGCAAACCCUCUUCCCCCAACAGCGGGCCAAGACCAACCCGCUCCAGAACAGCCAGCAGUUGACCCGGCGGUGCCAACACUACCAACACCUGACCAUACUAACCCAGGGUUACCUUCGACAAACCCGGAGUUAACGCUGCCAAAUCCAGCUCCCACCUCUGGGCCCCUCUCUGCCAGUGAGGGAAUUCCCGUUACUGCUUCAGGGGUCCUUCCAGAAGCCCUUUCUGCCCCCCCGGCAGUGCUGACAGCCGACCCUUUGUCGGCCAUUGUCGCACCGACUCCUGACACCUUGCCACAGCCCAUCAGCGCGCCCCUCCCAGAAAUUGCAAACCCCUCAGUAGAGCCCACCGAGAAAGUAACGCCGCCAGUGGCUCUCGACGGUUUUACCGAAGUGGGGGGCGAAACCCCAGCCGUGGCCACCCCCCCAGACGCGGCCAUUCCUGGCGCCUCCACCGAAGGGGGGGCUCUUUCCCCUGCUUUGGCAACCCCUGCUGAGGUUGCCGUGCCGCAACCAACAAACACAGCCAUGGACACCCCUACCCUUCCGCAGCCCGAGUUGGACCCCCGCUCUGCAUCGCCGCUGCCGCCGUCCAUUCCGCCAGCGUUCCCCGCAGCAGCUCCGUCGCUUCCCAGCGGAGAGGCCCCUUCCUCAACGGAACCGUCCGGAGCUCCGUCCGAUGCCCAGUCCGCUGUUCCGCCCUGGGCUCCGUCUGUGGUUCCGUCCGGAGCUCCCUCCGUGGUUCCGUCUGAUAUUCCGGUCUUCGGUCCGUCCGGAGCUUCUUCUUCUUCGGUGCCCGUCACAAUUCUGGCCCAAGCCCCGACCUCAGUCCUGCCCGAGGCCUCGGCCGCUGUUCCGGCGUCCACAGUUCCGUCCGUUGUUCCGCUCGCAUUGUCGCCCGGAACCCCGGCGGCAGUCCCGUCCGAAAUGACCCCUGCCGCCCCGUCUGUUUCACUCACGCUUAAGGAGACGGAGGCGAAAACCCAGGCCCCCGAAGCAGUCAACACGGUGCCGGCUGCAUCUCUGAUGCCGUCCGAUAUGGACCUUGGAGACCCGGGGAAUCGUGUCUCAGAAAGGUCGGAAACUGCGGCACCCACUGGGGGAAGCCUUGGCGAAGAAGGUGAGCCGGCUGGGGCAACUGCGCGAGCAGAAGAACCGAGCGCGGUAGUGCCAAACGGACCGGGUUUGCAAGAACCGGGUUUGCAAGGAUCGGGGGCUUCGGUGGUACCCAACGGAUCGGUUGCAGUGGGUGCUACUAGAGACGCGAUUGGGGGAAAUCGCGACCUGGAUCUGAAUCUCGUUGGAGCCGAAGCUUCAGUCGCAGGUCUGACUGACGCGGAGAAAGCGGGUCAGGAUGGCCAUCUGGAGGGGAGUGUGCUUCCGGGCGAGUUGCGGAACGGGGACAUUAGGACCGGAAGCGGGGAGGGUAGGGCGGUGGCGGAAGGGGCGAACGGAGCAUCGGAGGCCGUUGUGAAUGGGGAGGGAGCUCAGGUGACGGACCGACCAGAGGAGCAUUUUGCAGGGAAAGCGUCGGGGCCGUCGAAAGACGGGGAGGGUGACGGGGCGGGUGACCUUGCAGGCCCAAGGACGGAACAGGAGACGGAAACGGAAGGGAAAGGGACACCGGAAGGCAAAUUGGAAACGGAGCGGAACUUGGAACCGGACGGGGUUACGGAACCGGAGGCGAGUGCAAUGGAUGUGGACGUCCGGCUAUCCGCAGUCGGCACUGAGACGUCCACUGUUGACGUUAGCAACGAGCGAGACAACGUGCCGGAGAGUGGGGGCGAGCAGCCGGGCGCUGUGCCGGGGCCGGAGGCGUUGACGGGCGGAACGGAGUCGGCGGACCGGAACGGGGGCCUCGGUUUGGAAGCCCCCCGGGGAAACGGCACUGAGUUUCCUGAGGGAGACAUCGGGCUGGAAGCUGACGAGGAGAUGUGGGAGGCUGGUGAGGGAGCCCCCGUUUCGGGGGGGUUGGAGGCGGAGGGAGGAGCGACGAGUAACGGCGAAGCCGAUCCGGGGGCUAUUCUGCAGAACGGACUGGGAGAGUUAGGGGCGGGAACGUCAACGGACAUCCAUGUUGAUGAAGGGGCCUCUGGCGGGACAGGGUCCGGUAUGGAGGGGGUUGGAGAAGAGGGCGCUGCGCAGCAAGACGGAAACGGCGUCCCUGCUGAAAACGGUGUGAAUGGGCCCCACGAAACCGGUGUCAAGUCGCCCCCAGGAGCUGAUGUAAAUGCGGCUACGGCGAUGGACGUUGACCCGGAAGGAGAGGCGGACCUUCUAGCCGGCCCGCGCCUUGCACCCCUGAAACGCGCCGGACAGAAGCAGAAAGGUUUGGAGCUUCCGAGCCUGCCCGGUUCGGAUGUCCGAGCCCCAAAACCUCAAGACCGGGGUACGAAACGGUCCGAACCGGAAGCUCCGACGGAAACCCCGAUCGACCCGGCGCUUCAGCCGCAGAGCUUCUCGCUUGCUCGGCGGAGGGUGGCGAACGUAUUCCCACCGAAUCGGAGCGCCGCGCCGCAGCAGGCGCGGGCGGUAACGCUGAAAGACUUGGUCGCGCUGCUGGAGAAAGAGCCGCAGAUGGCCAAGUCGGCCGUGCUGUACAAGUUGUACUGCCGAACGCAGUGGGAGCAGGGGAGAGGACCAGCAGGGCCGCGGUGAUGAUUCUUGUUCAUGAGCGGCUGACACUGCUUGGUCAAACUUCUGACGAGGUCUCCCGAAUCGAGGGAAGGUCCAUACGUUUCCGUUCUUUGCUCGCUAUUUGUUGGCCAAGCAUCCACCCAACUUCUCGUGUGACCGGUAUUGGAACUGUCGCCACUGCCUCCUCUCCUGCGUUUCGCCUUUGUUAAGCAUUCACACGGAUAUCUUUCAAAACUAUGCAGAGCCCUUGGACUUAUGUGCCUUAACAUCGGAGGGAAAGCAUCUUUACG